UACCUCUCGUCAGACAUGGCGGCAUUUCUGACUUUUCACAGACUAGACACAAGAAUCUAGAUCUAUAUAAAUCUAGAUCUAUAGAUCUAGUCUAGAUUCUAGAUCUACCAUUGCAGAGGCAGAAAUGUAAGUUUCCUACUACACCAUGUCCCAACAAAGCCAAGCGAAGUUUGCAGAUAUCAUCGCUGGAUGGGGAAGAGAAGAAUGCCUGAAAAAUUUGGAUUCUGCAUUGCCAAAGGCUCUUGCAAAUUUGGAAGACUCGGCAUACAUUGCUGACAGCAUCAAGAUGCUGAAGUUGAUAUGCCAGCUGUUCCUCCCUUGUGUUCCAACAGAAGAGUUAGAAGAUCGACUGUUUGCUCAUAUGUGCCAUGUGGCUUCAGAAUUGAUGGAUAGCUCAUUGAACAAGAUCCAGCUGAACAUGAAGGGUGCAUUAAAGAACACAGCAGAAGAAGUGCGGGAAGUGCUCAUGGAAUGUGUACAGUGGUUGAUUGACAUUGGUCAGUGUAUCGAGACAUGUGUGCGUCACAUGGUGGAUGUGAGCCCGGUCCUGGAACUAGAUCAUGUGCGCUCCCUGCUCACAUGCACCAUCCAUGUGCUGAAGAAGUCUUAUACCCACUGUAAGGAGAGCACAGACUUGUAUGGUGACCUGUUGGAGCAUCUGUCAGAAUCUCUCACGGCUGUCUUCAAGCAAGCUCAUUCCUUGCAAAUGGCCUAUUUGAGUGCCCUGGACAAGCUGCAUAGGUCGGGACCUCCUCUUGAAGACCAUGUGCAGCUUCUGACUUCAGUGUGUCUUGGCCUGUUUGAUGUGUGUUCGGUGGUCAGCUCUCUGGACGUGAAGCUGGCCAUUGGUCUGUGGAGGGCAAUAUCAAGAGUGUGCAGUCAACAGUUGAAUCUGCUGCGUGACCGCCUGGACGUAUGUCCCAUGAUCUGCUUCCUGUGCGGGGAGAUCCGGUCGGGCUAUGACUACCUGUUCCAGCUGUGCCACCCUCCAGACCCGGACUCACUGAGUCAGGGAGAUGACAAGGCGUUCAGCAAGGCUGUGAAGAUUGUGAGUUUCCAGAUGAAAGUGUUGGUGGCCCUGCUGAGAGACUUUGCCCUCUAUCUGGGUAGCUGUGAGGAGGAAGUCUUGUCACUCUUGAUCUUCUUACUUCGAUGUUUGCCCCCUAGCCUGACCGCCGGUCAGCUGUCAGAGAAACAAGAAUCGGAGCUGCGUGUCCAGGUGGUCAGUGCCACCAGUCCUAUCAUCAAACACUUGCUGACCAGUAAACCGUUUCGGUCUGCUCUGGUGCAGAACAAUGAGGGGCGUGAGGAAAGCGACCACCUGCCAGUGUUGUUACUUCAGCUGAUGGUCCUGGAUGUGUUGCCCAAGGCUGAAGUGGAAGUGAUGGAUUUCUGGCUCUCUCCAGUAGAUCACAACAAAGACCAGUGUAGUGUCAGCCUUCUGACUGCUGUCUUAGAGUCUGCUAAACUUUGCUGGCUGGAGAUGCGGGUCCCUGUGAUGCUGCCAGGGGUCAUGGUCACUGGCAAACCACAGAGGGCUGUCUGUCUGUUUGAGUACGUUGCCUGCCACCUGUGUGGGUUCAUCGGAGCAUGCCUCAGCCACCAUUUCUCUCAUCUGGAGGAGACUCUGAUGGGCUACGUUCUGCACGGAGACAGUGUGACCUACUUACUGGCCGUAGACUGCUGGUGUUUUUUGGUCAGAUACGGCACAGCGUCCGUGUGUAAGGAGCAGGUGGUUGCCCUGUUGUCCGCCCGCACCAGGCUGAAGCAACAGAAGGGGAGACAAGCCCAAUCUCUGGUGUCCAGACUGGAGACUUUGUUGCAGCGACUGCUCAAGUUCAUGUCUCCCAAAGAUCAGGCUGCCCUGGUCAAGGAAUACCCUCCCACUACCCACCCUGGCCUGUGGACACAUCUUCUGAGCAGUGGUCUGAACGCUGAUGUUGCCUCGAUUGUGGGUCGGCAGCUGGUCAGCUGGGGCCUGGGUGUGCUGACCGCAACACGGGGGAAGGUGUCGAAUGUGCUCACAGCAUUGACCAUGUUCACAACCCUGGGGUCCACCUGGUCUCCGGCCAGUCCCCAGUACAUGUCUGUGCAGCAGCAGACAGAUCUGACCGAGGCUGUACUCAACAUGUGGUCUCAUCUAGAGAAGAUCGUUACCUCGGAGAGACUAUCACGUCCCCCGCACAUUGCUAGACUGCUUGAGCUCACGGCCAGUGUGGUGUCAUCGUUGGACACCGACGCUGUGAUCAGGGUACUGGACGUGUCCGGUCAGUUUGUCACCAAGAAGGCUUUGCCGGACAUCUGCUUGUCCCUGACAUUGCUCCUAUCGGCUGUCGCUAAAACAAAUUUUAGGACAAGUGCACAGAUGACUGAUGUUCUCCAGAGAGUUUCCUCCUUUCUGCCCCGCCUCCUUCACCACACCCACCCGUUGGUUCGACACCGAGGCUUGAACACGCUGGCAGAUUUUGCCGACAGUCCCACGACUGCUCACGUGGUCAGUGAAUGCAUCGAAGGACACAAGGAACUGGAGGAGAUGUGGAGAGAGUUUAUCUCUGGGGCCCCAGGAAAUUUUUCUGGAACAGAUUCCGACGAGGUGGACGUCCUCCGACGGCUUCAGCAACACAAGCAGAUGGCAGACGUUAUCUCUGAGACACAGGAUGAAGAGAUUGAGACAGUCGGUGCAGAGAGAGACGACUCGCAGAAGAGGGAAGGGGAGGAAGUGACCAACUCAGAUGAGCGGUCGGCUGACAGAGGAAAAGAAUCUUCUGAUUUGAUUUCCUCGCAGAAUAAUGAUGCCGGCGGUCCUGAUCCUGUGGACACUUCUCCAUGUCCUGGGGCAUUAGAUUCCGUCCCUCACAAGCCAGGUUAUCAGAACAUUCUGGAAAAACUGCAAGCCGUGGCGGCAGAGCUGGAGGAAGUGCACAAGAAGUCAGGUUCCCGACCUCCGACCUGGUUUGUGGAGGCAGCCAAUGAGAGUGUGACUCGCAUCACCCUCUCCCUGUCUGGUCACGACUGGUUUGACAGUCUUACUUGAUACCUCCACUGUGUUGUGUUGGGAAUGAAAUCCCAGUAUCUAUUUUUAAAUCUGCAACAAAUUGGGCCAAAAAAAGUUUUAAGCUGUAACUUCUGUUCAAGUUGUCCAAUCUUAACAGUAUUUCUAUAUAGUUUGUUGGACUUGAACGUUGGGAUAUUGAUACCAAACUAAUAUCUUUUAAAAUUAUGACAUUUUCAGUUAAAUUUAACCUUAAAUUAUGUUUCAUUUGACUCCGUCUGUCCGCGAGAGGCUACCUUCCUCUCUGUGUGUGAGCACCAAAGAGCCUCCUUAUUUCCCUGUUACAACUCUACAAAUACCUAAGCUGAGGCUUGUGUUUUAGUGCUUAGUUGUGAGUUGCACGGGUGAACCAAGGACAGGACUGUGAGGAAGAAGUGACAGGCUGGCAUGGUCGAUUAGUCAUUUGUACCUGAUGCAGGGCUAUUUGACUGACUAGCAUGACUAAUGAGGUAAAAAUAAUAAUAGAUAGCAUUUGUAUAGCACAUAUCACCACUGGAAAGCAAGCUCUAUUCGCUUUACGCUGUAUUAUUACCCCACCCGACCAUAAAACACUCGGAAACAUUCUCAACUUGCCGCUAAGCAUACAGUGCUAACAACUGGUCAAGCGCUCAAACACUAACAAACUGACAAGACUGUCUAUAGCUGGGUACCCAUUUUCACCUGCCUGAAGU